AUGGAGAGCGAACGACUGCGUCUGGAGGCUAAAAUGCGAGAGAAUUUGGCAGCUAAACGUCGGCAACGAGCAGGAGCAGUGAAGAUGUCAAAUGACGGUGGAAUUACGAGUGACAUCAGUGGAAAGGAGGAUGAGCUGGAGAGCGGCAAAACCCUUGAAGAAGCUGGUCGAGAGACGACAACUGCAUUGAUGACGCCUCAUAGUCGAGCGGAUUUGAAGGGAGAGCUUCAGGAGACUCUGGCGAGUCAAAUCCCAGCUCUAAUCGAGUUUCAAUCCCAGGAAAUGUUUGAUAAACUGCAUGCCGACUGCGUUUUGGCUUGCCCCGAGAGACUCCGAGAGUUUAAAGCUGAUGCGGUGGAAAUUGAAGAAGAACUGAAGACUGCAAUGGCAGCAUUAGACGAAACUGAGAGACAGACUGGGAAAGCGUUAGCAAAAGAGCUGUCGUCUACGCUCCACAAUUCUGGGAAAGAGGUGGAAGCUCAGAUCCGUCACUGUAGACAGCUGCAUGAACUCGCUCGGAACAAACGCAAGCCAGGCGAUGCAGAAAAGGAUUUAACGAAUACAGUGGUGAAACUGCUGGAUAAAUCGGAGGAAGACGCAGCAGCUCGUGAGAGGGAAGCUGCAAACACUCGAGACACUAUUAAACGCAAGAUUGAGCGCUUGAAAGACGAGAGUUCCAACGCUAUAAUGGCUUUAACGCAGGCUUUAAAACGACGCCAGCAGCAGCGUUUAGCGCAGCGAAUGGCUCAGAGACGCGAGCAGCAGCAGAAACAAAUCCCCGUCGUCUCUUCAGCUCAAGAAAUCGCGGAAAUGAACGCUGUGAUGGACAAACAGGAGGAAGCCGUCCUUUGCCGCCAAUCGCCGCAUUCCUUCAUCUGCACGAAGUCGAUUGACAGUUUCCGGCGACUCGCCAUCCUUAAUCAACGCCUUGGAACCCUUGGUCACAGAAACCGCAGUGCCACUGGCUUGGACGAUGGCCGCGCAAACAAAAACCAAGACGUAGGUGAGGCGCAUGUUUGA